ACAACUGCUCUUGUUGGACCUAGCGGUUGUGGCAAGUCAACCCUUGUCGGCCUGUUGGAACGAUGGUACCAACCUACAUCUGGCCAUAUCCUCCUGGACGGGCAUGAGCUCGAUACUUAUAAUACAAACUGGCUGCGAAGCAACAUUAGACUUGUACAACAAGAGCCUACGUUAUUCCAGGGCACAGUAAGAUCUAAUGUCGCCAAGGGCUUGGUUGGAAAGCAACUAGACCUUAGUGAAGAGCAGCAGAUGCAGCUUAUCCAGCGUGCAUGUGUGGCAGCAGAUGCACACGAAUUCAUCAAAAAGUUUCCUCAAGGCUACGGCACUCAGCUCGGAGAGCGGGCAAGUAUGCUCAGUGGUGGUCAGCGUCAGCGUAUCUCCAUUGCAGGAAGUAUUGUUGCGGAUCCUAAGAUCUUACUAUUUGACGAAGCAACUAGUGCACUCGAUCCGCGUGCUGAAAGAGUCGUUCAGGCUGCUCUCAACCGCGUCUCAAUCAACAAGACAACACUGAUCAUCGCACACAAACUUGCAACAGUCAUGGCUGCUGAUAACAUCGCGGUCAUGACUAACGGGAAGGUGGUCGAACAGGGCACACAUAGCGAACUCCUUGAGCGUGAUGGUCUUUACGCAGCUAUGGUUCGCGCACAGGAUCUGGGAGUUGGAUCUACAGACAAGGAGUCAGACGUCUUGACACACAACCCACAGAGAGAUGACAACACUGGAAAGACAUACCCUACAAUCGACGCAUCCUCGAUCAAGGAAGCAAGCGCAGAAGCUAGCAUGGCAUCACCUGAGGCCCACAAACUCGUUGCCGGUACCCUCAACUUCUCGCUGAUAAAAUGUAUACUCAUCAUGCUCAGAGAGCAUCCGGAUUUAUAUCCGUGGUAUUUGCUGAUUGCGCUUGUCUAUCUGACCGUUGGUGGUACCCAGCCAGCUCAAGCCAUCAUAUUCUCUCGCCUCAUUCGGGUCUUUACACUGGAAGGUUCGGAAGCCAAACGGCAAGCAGAUUUCUUCGCCCUCAUGUUCUUCGUCCUGGCACUUGUGAACCUCGUCUGCUAUUUCCUUGUCGGAGUAUGCUACAAUGUCCUUGGCCAAAGGCUCACCCAUCGCUAUCGUCGAGAAAUGAUCGAGCGAAUUGUUAAUUUCGAUCAAGACUUCUUCGAUCGACCUGAGGACUCUUCUGGUGCUUUGACUGCAAAGCUAUCCUCUGCCCCCGAUUCAGUGCAGGAGCUGAUGUCUGGAAAUCUUGGUCUUAUGCUCAACGUGAUAGUCAACAUCAUAGCUACAAGCGUAGUUGCUAUAGCGUUUGGCUGGAAACUUGGUCUCACGUUAGUAUUUGCUGGACUCACUGUCAUUGUUGCUGGCGGAUAUGUUCGUAUCAGACUGGAUCAGAAGUUGGAGAUGUCGACAGAGGAGCAGUUCGCCAGCAGUGCUGGUUUGGCCUCUGAAGCUGUCUCGUCGAUUAGAACCGUCAGUUUUCUUGCGCUCGAAAGGUCCGUGAUGCGCGAAUAUAGCGAAAAACUGGAUAGCAUCGUACACAAGGUUAUUCGAAGUCUGAUAAUCACCUUGAUACCAUACGCGUUAUCUCAAUCCGCUGAUUUUCUAGUCAUGGGACUCGGAUUCUGGUAUGGAUCAAAACUGAUUACAGAAGGAGAGUACUCCACAACUCAGUUCUUUGUCAUCUUUCUGUGCGUCAUCUUCGGUGGUCAAGGAGCUGCUCAAUUCUUCGGGUACACGACGUCGAUCACGAAAGCACGCGGCGGUGUGAACUACAUCCUCUGGCUGCGCAAAAUCAAGCCUCGAAUCUGCGAGACCAACGAAAAUCACGGCAAAGGACCACGAGGAGACAAUGUGAAUAUGGAGCUCGAACAUGUCGACUUUCAGUACAAGCAACGAAGAGUUGCAAAAGUCUUGAGUGACAUCUCGAUGAAGAUUAAUGCCGGGACAUAUGCUGCAUUUGUCGGUCCUUCAGGUUGCGGCAAAAGUACCAUCAUAUCUCUUCUCGAGCGAUUUUAUGAUCCAACAUCCGGUCGCAUUACACUAAAUGAUGAUGAUAUCUCGCUCAUGUCCCCGAAACAGUAUAGAGGCUGCAUGUCUCUGGUGCAACAAGAACCACCAUUGUACAUCGGCUCUGUGCGUCAGAAUAUCACUAUCGGACUAGACUACGAACCCUCGGAUGCGGAGAUCAUGGAGGCGUGUCGCCAGGCUAAUGCUUUGGACUUCAUCACUUCCCUUGCCAGAAGGGCUUGCAACGCCGUGCGGAUCUCGCGGCCUUCAAUUUAG